AUGGAAACUCAGCGGGGAACAACUGAUAAAAUUGAUCAGUUACUAACCAAAAUUGAUCGUCAAGGUGCUGAGCUAAUUUCUUUAAGGAGUGAAGUUUCAGCUAUAAAAGCACGAGUUUGCGGCGAGGCACAUAAGCCAAAAUUGACGUUGCCAAUGUCUCCAUUAGUUACAUUUGAGGCCUUCGAAGCAUUUGAAGAAAGUAUCAAAGAAGAGCAGUCCUUCAAAAAUGUGGUCAUGGAAUUAGUCGCCAAUUCUGAAAAAACGUAUGAUAAAUUUAUCAGGAGCUCCUGGCGCCUAUUGAUAUCGGAUGAUGUAGCAAGACAAUGUUCCUGGCGUGGAACAGAUACGAAAAAGUGUGUUAGAGGCCUUCGAAUCACAUUGGCAAUACGUA